AUGCCGAAAAGUCCUAUAUCGCACACUGCGAUGAAGGAGAAGAGCAAGAAUGCCGCCCGGUCCCGGCGGGAAAAGGAGAACGCGGAGUUCCUGGAGCUGGCCAAGCUGCUCCCACUGCCGAGCGCCAUCACUUCGCAGCUGGACAAGGCCUCCAUUAUACGGCUGACGACGUCCUACCUGAAGAUGCGUCAGGUGUUUCCGGAAGGUCUUGGCGAUGCCUGGGGCUCCCAGCACAUCCCGAACAAUCCGCGCGAUCUCGCCAUCAAGGAGCUCGGUUCGCACCUGCUGCAGACGCUCGAUGGCUUCAUAUUCGUGGUGGCGCCCGAUGGCAAAAUCAUGUACAUCUCCGAGACGGCCUCGGUGCACCUCGGGCUGAGCCAGGUGGAGCUGACGGGCAACUCGAUCUACGAGUACAUCCACAACUACGACCAGGACGAAAUGACGUCGGUGCUGUCACUGCAGCCGAACAUGUUCGUCGCACCGGCCGGUACACCGAACCCCGACACCGGUUCGCUGCUGCCACCGACACCGUUACCGUCGGCCACAGCUCCCAGCGCCAGCGAGACAGGACCUCCGGCCGAUUCGCCUAUUUCACCUGUUUACGCCAACCUUCUGCAUCCGGGAGCGGGCCCGGAUUCGCCACCGCAAAGUAUCGGUUCGGCCGGGUUACCCACCGGAGUAUCAACCGCAGAUUUACCACCGAUGCAUCACCAUCACCAUCAUCGGCAUGUCGGGGGGAACGAUUCGCCUCUCGGGAGCGGCGUUUCGUCUUACGGCAAUUCGUCCUCUUCCGGCUACGGACCUCAUCAGCAGCCACCACACCAGCACCAACAACAGCAACAGCAACAGCAGCAACAACAGCAUCAUCAUCAUCACCACGGCCACUAUCACCAUCAUCACCACCAUCACGCGUUCGGUCAGCAUCAGCUGUCACAGACGAUCGAGGUGGAGCGGACGUUCUUUCUGCGCAUGAAGUGCGUUCUGGCGAAGCGCAACGCAGGUCUCACCACGAGCGGCUAUAAGGUGAUCCACUGCUCCGGGUACCUCAAGGCGCGCAUCUACCCGGGCGACGCAACGUACGGCGACGGGCACAGCUGCAUCCAAAAUCUGGGCCUCGUGGCCGUCGGCCACUCGCUGCCUCCGUCGGCCAUCACCGAGAUCAAGCUCUAUCAGAACAUGUUCAUGUUCCGCGCCAGCAUGGACUUGAAGCUAAUCUUUCUCGACGCCAAAGUGGCGCAACUUACCGGAUACGAGCCGCAAGACCUGAUCGAAAAAACCCUCUACCAGUACGUGCACGCAGCCGACAUCCUUCACAUGCGCUACUCGCACCAAAUCCUGAUGUACAAGGGCCAAGUGACGACAAAAUACUAUCGAUUUCUGACGAAGGGUGGAGGCUGGGCUUGGGUACAGUCGUAUGCAACCGUCGUGCACAACACGCGCUCCUCGCGCCCACACUGCAUCGUAAGCGUCAACUAUGUGCUGAGCAACCAAGAAGCCCACGAUCUUUUGCUAAACGAGGUGCAACAGCAUCCGACUCCGACCCAGCACCAGCAGCAGAACGCGUCAAUAUCGGUCAAGCCGGAGACCGUAACUCCGGUGACGCCGGGCAGCGGAACCGGGCUGAAGGACCGUGGGCAUGCGAACGAACCUGCAACUGCACUAGCGGCAGCGGCGACGGUAGCUGGGCACACGUCCGGCGUACCGACGCAUAUGUCUCCGAUCGGCGGUACCGUUGUUGGGUCGGCGCUAGGUCGUGGCGGGAACGAGCCGCAGCCACUGCAGCCACCGCAACCGCAGCAGGCCAGCAUGGCCUACAACCCGCUGCUGUUGGCAAAGGAUCUGCAACAGCAGCAUCAGCAGCAAUCGGAGCAGCAGCAUUCGGGCUUUCACCAGCUGGCAGCGCUAGACGACGAUGCCAGUAUGGGUCCUAUACCUGGUGCACCAACGGCCUGCCUGGUAAGCCAUGGUGGUGCGACGUCGUCCUCCACACACGAUGAUUACGAGCUGCAGAUGCAGCACUACGGUGGGGCGUCGGGCCAGCUCGAUGGUUCCACCUCGGGUGGUAUUGGUGACGCUAGUACAGGUGGUGGAUACUGCCUGGUAGGCUCCACCACGGGCACCGCCGGAAGCAUGCUAGUAGACGCUGGUGGAAAUGGUGCACCGGGUGGCUCCGAGACGUCGCCGGCUGACGCGUUCCUGGAUAUGCCGUACUACGACCAGUUCUACGGUGGUUUCGACUCCCGCCAGGAUUCCAUCGCUCUGCGUCCAUUCUCUGCUAGCUCAAACAGCUGCAGUAGCUCGGAGGGUGAAGGAGCGCUUGCAGCACAUCACGGGCCGCAUCAGCAGCACCAUAUGCAGCACCAUCUACAGCAGCAUCAUCAUCAUCAUGAUAGGAUCGUGCAGUCACUUACUCUGCUGGGUGAUGCAGGAGUGCUUCGUCAGCACGGUGGCACCAACGAAGAGCAUAUGGACUACCGGGAGCAUCACCAACAUCACCAUCACCAACAACAGAUGGUGGAAGGUACUCAAACUCAUCAUUACCCGAUUCAACAGCAGCAGCCCACCAACGGUGGUACACCAAACGGAGCCUUCUUGUACGAAGCAUCGCCAGCAACACUGGAUGGUAGCACCAGUUCUGCCUCGCCGUUCGAUACCAUCCCAUCUCAGCAGCUCGGGUUCGACCAGCAUCAGCAGGGACUGCUAGCGCAUCAAUCGUUCCGCCUCCAGCACGAACUCCAGGUACAAGAGCAACCGGCGCCAACAGAAGCAACCCAUGCACACCUGCGCAACCGCAGCAUCCUUGCACAAACGGAACCACGGGUAAACGACAGCCCGCUGCAAAACGGGGCACGCACCACCAACGGGGUUGAUGGUCCGACCUCAUCCUUGCAAUGCAGCAGUCCGGCUGCCGGCGGCAAUUCAACAGGCAAUGGCAGCACCCACACCACUGACGCCAUUAACAAUGGAGGAGUGGUAGUCGGUUCCGCCGAUUCACAGAGCCAUCGGAGCAGCAGCACCAACAACAACAACAACACCGCCACUAACAACAACAACAACAUGGAUAACAUCAACAAUAACAACAACAACCACACUAAUCACAACGCAACCAAUAGCAAUGUCCUCAAGCGAUUUAACGGCGUGGAUGGCGGCAGCAAAACCUCGAACGGUGCCACACUGGAACCGACAGUUCGAGCUCAUCACCAUGCACAGCAGUACGCUGAAGCGUACGGCUCGGUGCCACACUACACGAGCGUUAUCGUAGAGUCCGCGACCGCGCCCGGUUUCUCCGGUGUCCUCUCCUCGGUACCAUCGGUUACGCCGUCCAAUCCCGGUGCCCAGGGACACACACAGCUGUCACCGAACACCGCUGCCACCGCCGGUGAGUUCGUACCACCGCAGUGCACUUGAGUGCGCGGUUUUCAGCAUUCCCGGUAUCACCUUUUUUCGACAGGUCAGGCGAGAUCAACACCUCAACGGUAACUAAUCAAACGGACAGCAAACGGUAGGAGAAAAGCUUUCGAUAGCCAGAGUUUAUCAAACAGGUGCUCACCUGUUUCUCAAACAAUGGAACGAUCUGGUGCCAGUAAAUAGUUGAAUCGGAUAAAAUUGCCCAUCACAUGAACAAUAUGUGACCUCCGCUGCCUUCCGCAUCGGGUCUCCAUAGCCAUGCCGAUUACUCUGAUUAUUCUGAUUCCGCGCUAUAUUCGGAUUAGCAUUUGGUGCCGAACGAAAACUGUUCCAAUCAACGAAACGUAUGCCGGAAAAGGGGACAAGGAUGGAAAGCUGGGAAAAGCCAAGUGA